GACACCUGCAAUUCAACUCUACCCAUCAACGAUCUCACCUUCAACUCCAGCCUCCUUCAAUGCGUCGAAGCUUGGAGUGUCCAGAAUUACAUCCUCCGAUAUGCCAGAACGUUGGACAACACGUGGAGCUUCAUCUUAUCGGCGCCGGAUUCGAGCGCCUUCAUCGGUAUCGGAUUCUCGACCAACGGUCAGAUGACCGGAGCGAGCGCGAUCGUCGGGUGGAUACCUUCCGACGGCGGUAAUGGACAGGUCAAACCGUACUUUCUCGGAGGGAAAUCGCCCGGUGAGGUGAUACCUGACCGAGGAGAUCUGAAGAUCGUCAACGGUUCGUUGAAAAUCGAGUCAGUGUCGUCGCGUCUGUACAUGAGUUUUCAAUUGACGGCGGAGCUGCCGCGGCAGAGCAUUCUUUACGCUAUGGGGCCUGCCGGAUUCUUUCCAACUUCGCCGGAUUUUAGGUUGAGAGAGCACCGCUUCAUGACCACGACGACCAUCGAUUAUGUUACAGGUUCGCAAAGUGUGGUUAAGGGUUCACCACAUUCUAAGCUACGGAAGACACAUGGGCUAAUGAACAUGUUUGGUUGGGGAAUACUAAUCAUCAUCGGCGCCAUAGUGGCUCGACACAUGAAGCAAUGGGAUCCCACUUGGUUCUAUGCCCAUAUUGCUCUCCAAACCACUGGUUUUCUCCUUGGUUUAACUGGUAUCAUUUGCGGUUUGGUUCUCGAAAAUCAGACAGACGCUAAUAAUGUUUCCAAGCACAAAGGCCUUGGGAUAACAAUACUGGUCAUGGGCAUCCUCCAGGUCCUAGCGUUGCUGGCUCGACCGGACAAACAAUCGAAAUACAGAAAAUAUUGGAACUGGUAUCAUCACAACAUAGGAAGAGUGAUGAUAAUACUCGCUAUUUCUAACAUAUUCUAUGGUAUUCAUUUGGCUAAAGCUGGCUCUUCAUGGAACGGCGGUUAUGGUUUUGCGGUUGCUCUCUUGGCUUUGGCUGCUAUUGGCUUAGAAGUUAGAAAGUUCUUGAACAAG